AUGAUUUCAAGUUGGAUUGAUUCUUACAGAUAAAUUUUAUUUUAAUAAUUUUAUUAUAUUAUGGUGCCUUAGCAGUAUUGGAAAUUAAUUGGUGAAAAUGGAAAAAGAUACUAGUGAUUUCAUAUUGCCGCCAGCCCCAAGGGGCUUAUGUUUUGACCGCAAUGAUUUUGUCAAGACUAACUUUUUGGUAGACAACUUUUUGGCAGACCACAAUGAGGUAGCCUCAUUAGAAACUAUGAGAGAUGACCUAGGUGUUUACUUAAAAGUUCUUAGAUUAGCCAUGAUAGAGCUCAUCAACAAAGAUUAUGCUAACUUUGUUAAUUUGUGUGCAACUUUGAUAGGCUUCGACAAAGCCAUUUUAAAAAUUCAAGCGCCUCUAAGCCAAUUAAAUGAAGAAGUAUUGAGUGUGAAACAGUCACUUGAAAAUGCUAUGAAGGAAUUAUCAAUGUGGUUAAAUCAAAGGCACACACUUAUGAAAAAUAAACAAUUGUUGAGAUAUUAUAGUCACACCAAAAAAUGUCUUAACAUAUUAGACACCAUACUUACAGAUAUUUCCAAGAAAAGAAUCCAGGAGCAAAUUGUUAUUGUUGACAGAGCGGCCAUGCAAUACAAUCAGCUUAAGUUUUCAGUUUCAAAAUGUGAAAGUAUCAUUAAGCCAGAACAAAAUAAAAAGUAUAACGAAGUUGGUGGGAAACUGGUAAACAUACUGAAUGAACUAAUGUUUAAAUUCUGGAAUGAUAAUAAUGAAGACAAUUUACUGAAGACAUUAAUAAUUCUGACCUCAUUAGACCGAGUUUCUGAAACUGAAAUGCUAAUAAGGAAACAAGCCAUUGCACCUUUACUACAAGACAUAAUAAAUGAACCAGCUCUACAAAAAAGUAAAGAUGGUCUAGAGGGAAUUUACAAAAAGAUCAUGUCAGUACUUGACCAUGAACUAAAAUUGCUUGUGAUAGUAACACAACAUUCCAAGCUUACGAAUCUUUCAAAAAAAUAUAGAUUUUUAGUCAAUUGUUUUUGGUGUGAAGUAGAAAAUCGCCUUGAGGUUAAUAUGGCCUCAAUUUUUGCACCCGGAAAUCCUCAGUUAUUCUAUAAGAGAUACAAAGAGAGUAUGCAUUUUGUUAAAAAAAUUGAAGAGCUCUGUGACAAGAAUGAGUCUGUUUAUUUGUUGCGGCAAACUGUAGAGUAUAAAAACUUUUUGAGGAGAUGGAAUCUUCCUGUAUACUUUCAGAUCAGAUUUCAAGAAAUUGCUGGUGGCUUUGAGUCGUGUUUGAAAGGUGCACCAACAACUCAGAACAAUUCUGACUUCAUCCUGGCAGAAACACUUAAAUGUUGGAACAGUUUGCAGGAUUGUUGGUCUGAUGGUAUUUUUUUAGAGGCACUAGCACAUAAGUUUUGGAAGUUAUCCCUUCAAUUAUUGUCAAGAUAUGCAACAUGGGUGACUAGCAUAUGCUCCCAACGAAAUAGUCAAGUAAGAUUAGAAUCUACAUCUGUAAAUAAAAAUUUGCUGGAAACCUGUAUAAACCUUUACAUGGAUAUUGAAAAAUUAAUAAAAAGUUUGCCGAAGUUUUUGGAUCAUGUUCAGAAUAAAAUGUCAAAUGACAGAAAGAAAAUAAUAAUAAGGGAAAGUAUCAAACCCACUGAAAAUAUGCUGCAGAGCACAAAAAUUAAAAUAAAUCAAUGUAUUGUUGAUGAGUUGUAUGAUCAUUUCAACAUGCAACUAAAACAAGUUAGUGACAUACCUCGACUGUAUAGAAAAACAAAUAGAAGCAUUCCUACCAAGCCUUGUACAUAUAUUGAUGUUAUAGCUAAAGCUUUAGAUGAAUUUGAUAGGGAUACCUCAAAGAAAUUAGACAGACCUUUUCUUACUGGUGUUUACCAGUCAUUAUUUGCAGAAAUGACAAAUUCCUACUAUAAAUAUGUGGAAGAUGUCUUGACCUCAGUUCAAAAAACUGAGGAAUCCCUGAGAAGACUUAAACAAAUUCGUGAAAGGUCAUCACAGCAGUCCCAAGAUGUUACAGGUGUAACUGAUGGGGACAAAAUUCGUCUGCAGCUUCAUGUGGAUGUUGUAUCAUAUGCCAACAAAGCCCAGUCACUACACAUCAACAAGGAGAAUGUGGGAAAGUUAACAGAUCUGUUAACAUUGGUUACAGAUGCUGUAAAAACUGUAGAUAUUAAAUGAUAUAUCCAGUUGUA